UAUGGAUGUUGUGUUGGUGUAGAUGAUGGGCCAGGGUCGCUAAGGGAAGCGUGUCGAAAGAAGGAAUCACUCUGGAUUGUAUUUGAAGUUUCGGGUACCAUUGAGCUGAAGUCGCACUUGAAUGUAUCGUCUUAUAAGACGAUAGAUGGACGUGGACAAAGGAUUAAGUUCACAGGGAAAGGGUUAAGGCUCAAGGAGUGUGAGCAUGUGAUUAUAUGCAAUCUUGAAUUUGAAGGUGGGAGGGGACAUGAUGUAGAUGGGAUUCAGAUUAAGCCGAAUUCUAAGCAUAUAUGGAUUGAUCGUUGCACCUUGCGUGAUUAUGAUGAUGGUCUCAUCGAUAUCACCAGGCAGAGUACUGAUAUCACUAUUUCUAGGUGUCAUUUCUCUCAGCAUGACAAAACAAUGCUCAUUGGAGCAGAUCCAUCUCAUGUUGAUGAUAGAUGCAUUCGGGUGACUAUUCACCACUGUUUUUUUGAUGGAACCCGACAAAGACAUCCUCGUGUAAGAUAUGGGAAAGUUCAUCUUUACAACAAUUACACCAGGGGUUGGGGUAUUUAUGCUGUCUGUGCCAGUGUAGAAUCUCAGAUUUAUUCUCAGUGCAACAUUUAUGAAGCUGAUAAGAAGAAAACAGCUUUUCUUUACUACACAGAGAAGGCUGCUGAUAAAGAACAAGAAGCAACUGGGAGCAUAAUAUCUGAAGGAGACCUCUUUUUAAAUGGAGCUGUAUCAGGAGUAAAGCCAUUGGUGAAUGAAGAGACUGUGUUUCAUCCUAGCGAGUUUUACAAUGACUGGACAAUGGAACCACCUACUGAAUCCCUUAAACAUAUUCUCCAGCAUUGUACAGGAUGGCUGAACAUUCCUCGCUUGCCUGAAAAUCUUUCUGAUGCUUAGUCACAAGCAUACACUGUGCAGCAACAUGAACAACCAGAACUUUACCAUUCUUCUAUAUAUAUACACACAUACACAGGGAGAUUAGUCAUCAUAUGGAUAUUAUGAAGUAGAUAGAUAGUUCAGUAUUUAUAAAUUCUCCAAUGUGAUUCAAUUCAACCAAUAAUAGUGUUCAUUUGCUGCAAAUUAGAAAUGUUGAUGAAUAAAAAACUCGUUCUUGCCAUCGCUGUUGUCAUGUGAGUCUUGUAACCCAGCCUGAACUGUAUGCAAAUCUUCUGUGGGGUUAUCUCCCUUUUCCUUU